AUGCAAUGCACACUGUGCUUUGCAUCAUUUAACUUCCCAACUGCACACUCCGAUCUUCUGGUGCUUUCCUACCUUUGCUUUGGCCGGACAGAGGGCUGCGAGUACAGUCAGUUCAACGGGAAAUUCAUGUGCUUCAACAGUUGCCUCUACAACGGGGGCCAAGGCAAUAAGAAGCCUCUCUUUCUCAUCAUCACCCUCGAGCGCCCGCUUGACAGAAUUUCUGCGGUGCGCCUGCUCAAACGUGUACAUGUGGACGCCAGCCAGUCAGUCUGUCCUGUCGUCGAGGCCGGAGUCAGCAGAGGAGGAUGA